AUGAGAGGGCCGGCCUUUGGCCUCCUGCUUCCCGGCAUCUUGGCCGGUGUAGCAUCCGCUGCUACCGUCGAAUAUGAUUGGGACAUCACCUGGCUUAACGCCGCACCGGAUGGCUUCCAGCGGCCUGUCAUCGGCGUUAACAACCAAUGGCCCUGCCCGGAGAUUCGGGCCACCAAAGGCGACACCAUCCGAGUCAAGAUGAACAACAAGCUAGGAAACCAGACCACGAGUCUUCACUUCCACGGUAUAAACCAGGUCAGCACGAACUGGAUGGACGGGCCUAGUUUGGCUACUCAAUGCCCUGUGCCACCGGGCGAAAGUAUUGUGUAUGAAUUCUUGGCCGACGAAGCUGGGACGUUUUGGUGGCACUCUCAUAACAUGGCACAAUACCCCGACGGACUUCGCGCGCCCUUGAUUAUUGAAGACCCAAAUGAUCCGUACAAAGACGAGUAUGACGAAGAAUACAUCUUGACGAUCUCGGACUGGUUUCUUGAGGAAGCCCUGAUUUUAGGAAAACGCCUCCUCAGUUCCAACAACACCUUCGGCGCCCCGCCCGCCCCCAACAGCAUCUUGCUCAACGAUGGUCAAGGUGCAGACUACCCAUUCGAAGUCGGCAAGAACUAUCGCUUCCGAAUCAUCAACAUGGGCGCAUCCAACAAUGCCAUGAUACACUUCGACUCCCACGACAUGAACGUCAUCAUGAACGACGCAGCCUACGUACAGCAAGAAAUCGCCUACCAGCUCCACGUCACGCCCGCACAGCGCUACGACGUCAUCAUCAAGGGAAUAGAGCGAGAUAACCGCAAUUUCGGCAUUCUUGUCUCGCUCGACCGCAACCGUGAUUACACCGCGGUUACGCCCAAGCCUGUGUGGCCCCUUAAUGCGACGGCAUACUUGGUCUUGGAUCCAGAGGGCGAGAGGCGACCUGAUGUGGUGGAUGUUUGGAGACCUUUCGAUGACGCGCAUUUUAAACCGCUCCAGGGAGACAUCUUGCCGCCUGCGGAUAAGACUUUGGUUUUCAACUUCCAGACUUGUAAGGAUAAGUACGGAAUCGUCCGACACUGCGUCAACGGAUCUCCCUAUGUGCCUGCCAAGGUUCCGACUCUCUACACAGCCGCAACCACUGGUAACUUCAAUACCAACGAGACCGUAUAUGGUGCUGUCCAUCCAUUCAUUGUUUCCUACGGAGACAUUGUUGACAUUGUCGUAAACAACCACGACGGAAGUAUUCACCCCUUCCAUCUCCACGGCCACCAUUUCCAGGUCCUCAGCCGACCCCAGACAAACGGCGGUGACUGGCCCGGCCCCGAUCACGCCGGGGGGUACAAUCCAAAGCCGCCCAGGAGAGAUACCGUCAAUGUUUUCCCAAAGUCUCACGCCGUGCUCCGAUUUGAGGCGAACAAUCCCGGUGUAUACCUCUUUCACUGCCACAUUGAGUGGCAUGUUGAGAUGGGCUUGACGGCCACCAUAAUUGAGGCGCCGGAUAUGCUGAGGGAUAUUACCAUCCCGAAGGACCACAUCGAGGCGUGUAAAAAGGCGGGUGUACCUUUCGAGGGUAAUGCGGGAGGAAAUGUUGAGGAUCCGCUUGAUACAUCUAACAUCGACUAUGAGCCUCCGCUGGAGUAUGUUGGUGCGCAAUGGACACCCACAUCCCCUCCCGCCUGCCGUGUGAAGCGCUCGCGUAUCGGAAGGCUCUUGUAG